GUUAUAGUUAAUAUUAAGAGAUUUGUGUAAACCUUAUUCCUUGCUUCAUGCAAGACAAAUCGAACAAUAAACAUAGCUCAUGAAAAUGUACUACGUGCAGUAAAACAACCCUGUUUUGACCGUAUAUGACAAAUGUCAAUUUUGGCACAUUAUAUUUGCUUCGGUUGUCGUCGCUUCAGCAAGUAAAGAUUUGGAAUUGGCAUACGAAAGUUAAUAAAAAAAAAUUUGUUGAGAUGACUACUAGUAGCGAGGAUGUGCUAUUGCAAAUGGGGGAAGUACGUUAUAAAAAAGGCGAUGGGACAUUAUAUGUCAUGAAUGAGCGGCUUGCUUGGAUGGCAGAAAAUCGUGAUACGGUUGCAGUCUCGCAUCGGUUUGCUGAUAUUAAGAUGCAAAAAAUAUCACCUGAGGGUAAGCCAAAAGUUCAACUCCAAGUGGUAUUGCACGAUGGCAAUAGUUCAACAUUUCAUUUUGUGAAUCGUAAUGGUCAGCAGGAAAUGCUUAAAGAUCGUGAUAAAGUCAAAGAGUUAUUACAGCAACUACUACCAAAUUUCAAACGCAAGGUCGAUAAAGAACUCGAAGAAAAGAAUCGUAUAUUGUCUGAAAAUCCAAAACUCUUACAACUUUAUAAAGAUUUAGUUAUAUCAAAGGUUGUAACUAGUGAGGAAUUUUGGGCAAAUCAUGCAAAGGAUUUGGAAAAGAAAACAGUGACUGUAAAACAAGAUAUAGGUGUAUCUGGAGCAUUUCUUGUCGAUAUUAAACCUCAAACUGAUGGCUGUAAUGGACUUAAAUACAAUUUAACUGCCGAUAUUAUACAAAGCAUUUUCAAAACAUAUCCAGCUGUUAAAAAGAAACAUCAAGAGAAUGUGCCUUCAAAACUAAGCGAACCUGAAUUUUGGACAAAAUUCUUUCAAUCGCACUAUUUUCAUCGUGAUCGUAUAACUGCCGGCACAAAAGAUAUAUUUAGCGAAUGUGGUAAAAUUGAUGAUCAAAUGCUUAAAAGUGCUAUUCAACGUGGACCGGAAAAUCCUUUCUUAGAUUUAAAAAAAUUCGAAGAUGUACCAUUGGAAGAAGGUUUUGGUAGUGCUUCGGUAAAUAGCAGUAACAGUAGUAACAAUAUUGUACAUCAAAAUAUGAUCAAACGUUUCAAUCAACAUUCAAUCAUGGUACUGAAAACAUGCACUGAUACAAACGGUCCCAGUACAAGUACUGCCAGCAUAAAUAGUGCCAGUACAAGUAGUGCAGCUGCAUUAGAAGGUGUAUCAAAUGGCAUUAAUGGAGGUACUCACAAGUCUAAACAUAAGAAAGGUAAUGAAAUUAUACUUAACGGCCACCGGGAAUCGGAAAACACUACUGAAGAUGUACUCUCUAAGCGCAAACGAGUUUUAGAAAAAAUCAAUUAUGAUGAUUUAGGUGUACCGGAAAUUGCCGUAGAUGGUCAAGUCAGUGCAAAAAAUGAUGCAUUUAUUAAUUUUUCGAAUGUGGAACGUUACUUACAUGGUUUAGUACCAAAUAAUAGUCAACAAUCGUAUGAUGACCCACGUCGCUUAGAAGAAGUUCAAUAUAGCCUUAAACGCGUGGCAUCUACUUUUAUUGCACAUCGCAGUAGGUCUCUGAUGUCCCCAACUGCUGCGAUUAAUGCUUUAGGUGAACUUAGUCCUGGUGGAGCAAUAAUGCGUGCUUUUCAGGAUCAAUCAGUCGGUCAAUUAGUGCCACCAGAUUUCGAAAGAGAUUUACGUAAUAUUUACUUGUCUUUCCAAGAAUUACUAAGAUUUUUUUGGUCUAAUUUCCCACCAAACUCUAUCGAACAAGAAGAAGCUGUAGUACAGCAUCAUGAAGCGUUGCAACGUUUCAAACAGGCGAAAUUAGUGCCAUUUGAGAAUCGAGCAAUACGUGCAUUGUCGCCACUGGGUUCCUCUAUUACACAACAUAUAAACGUUAUGCUGAAAUCCGUCAAUACAAAAUUUGCUGCUUGGCAAGGACGUAAAAUACGAAAAUAUCGGUAACAAUAUGUACCACGUCAGCGUUUCUAUAUUGUUACUGGUUUCCGCUUAUAUAUCACUCAUAAUUUGAGAAAUAAACAUUCAUUAUUAAUUUAAGAUCAUAACUUUAAAAUAUCAUAAAAGUUAAUUUAAAUAAUCAAAAAAGUAUUCCUAU